AUGUCAAUUGACCCGUUGUUUUCCUCUGCAAAAUCUCAGCAACUUUACAAGGAAGGUGCAAAGUUCUUCUGGGUGCACAACACAGGACCCCUUGGUUGCUUGCCAUAUUCCGUUAUAUACAACUCCGACCCUAACAACUUGGACGGAAAUGGCUGUGUGAAGUCUCGCAACAAUGCUGCUCAGGAGUUCAACAGACAACUCGAGCGCAAACUCUCCCAACUGAAGGAGCAGCUACCCCAUUCGUCUUUCACAUAUGUUGAUGUGUACUCAGCCAAGUAUCGACUGAUUAGUACGGCCGAAAAAUUCUCCAAAUUUGGAGAAUUAAACUUGUGUGCUCCCAUCACUACUCAAGUGCCUAUCUUAACUUCACGAAGCGGGAAAGUACGAAGCUUUUCCCAACAGUAUGGUAAUCCAUGCAAGGAUCCUUCGAGGCACGUGAGCUGGGAUGGAGUACACUACUCAGAGGCUGCUAACUUGUGGGUUGCUAACAGGAUAGUCAACGGCAGCCUAUCUCGCCCGGCUGUUUCAGUUCAAGAGGCUUGUAAGCAUGUCUAG